UGCAAUACUUGGGCAAGUCCUUGUCUUCUUCAAACGUUUCGGAGGAAAGACGCAUUGCUUGAAACACACUGUCCGAUUAUCUUUUUGCAGUAGUGUAUGUCGAUGAGUGCUUUAAAGCAAGCCUGCCCAAACGUACUAUAGAAUGUUGAUAUAUAAUAAAGGAGGUAUCAGUGGUCCACGGAUACAGUUGUUCAUAUUCAUCCUUCUCUCACUUCUUCAUGGAGUCAUAUCUGAAACCAGUAGGGCACUGGAUAUAAUGACCAAAUAUCCACUAAUUGAUGGACACAAUGACUUGGCUUUGCGUCUGAGGAUAUAUUAUAACAACAAACUGAGACUGCUUGAUUCACACAACAUUUCUCGUGUAGCUACAGAUAUCAGUCGCCUCACUAUUGGUCAUGUAGGAGGACAGGUCUUUGCAGCAUACGUGUUGUGUACAGCUCAAGACAAGGAUGCUGUCAGACUGACCUUGGAACAGAUUGAUGUUAUUCGUCGUCUGUGUACUGAAAACCCAGAACUGGAACUGGUUACCACAGCUGAAGGAAUGAUGAGCAGUAGAAAAAUUGCCUGUCUAAUCAGUGUGGAGGGAGGUCACACCAUCGACAGCAGUUUACCAGCACUACGCAUGUUUUACCAGCUUGGAGUAAGAUCCAUGGCCCUUACACACACUUGCAACACACCAUGGGCUGAGAGCUCAUCUAAACUGUACCAAUAUUACCAGCGGAAGAACAAUAGCCUGACAGAAUUUGGUAAGGCUGUGGUUUCUGAAAUGAACAGGUUAGGAAUGCUGGUUGAUCUGUCACAUAGUUCCUGGGAAACAGCCAGAGCAGUAUUGAAGCAUUCUGCAGCCCCAGUUAUUUUCAGCCACUCCUCAGCUUAUGCUGUGUGUAACAACAUUCGCAAUGUACCUGACGACCUGCUGUUGCUGCUGAAAAGAAAUGGCGGGCUUGUCAUGGUGAACUUCUACAGCAAUUUUGUAGCAUGUUCAAAUGAGGCUAAUGUCUCUGUGGUGGCUGAUCAUUUUGACCAUAUAAAGCGGGUAAUUGGAGCUGAAAGCAUUGGGAUUGGUGCAGACUUUGAUGGUGCCCUUGGAUUUCCUAGAGACCUGGAUGAUGUCUCUAAAUAUCCAGCUAUUAUUAGCGAGCUGAUAUCAAGGAACUGGACAGAGGAAGAGUUGGCCGGAGUUUUACGACUGAACUUCCUUAGAGUGUUUCAAAAGGUUGAGAAGGUACGUGAUGAUAUGAUUAACACUCCACCAAGUGAAGAAGAAAUCCCAUUUCUGGAGGCAAACAACAGCUGUCGUGUGAUACUGGCCCCUCCAGUCAGGACCGAGAAUAGCUAUCGAAACACAAAAUCUCCUUUGCUACCUGUGAGCGCUUUAGCCUGGUUUAUUCCACUUUUUGUGCAGUUAUUUUUAUAUUAAAUCAAUACACCAUCCAGGAAUACAGGUAUUUAAGUACAAGCAGACUAGAAUAAUGUUUCAUUAAAGUGUGUCAUUCCAUGACUAACCAGUUUUCAAACAGAUCUCAGUUCUCAGAAACUCUUAUCUUUAGACAGAUCUCAAAAACUCCUACCACAUCUUCUGCCUCAUCAUCUGUCUUUCACGUUUAAGACAGGUACAACCCCAUUCACACAGACCUUUGGUCCCAGAAAAUACCUGUAAAAUUGCCAGACAAGCGUCUGUGUGAACACAAACUCGUCCCGUUAAUCUUCUGGGAUCGUUGCCGGAAAUACCAAAUACACGCUCCCCUCUAUGCUUUAACCUAACGUGGGGGACCACCAACAAAGCCUAGGCACAAGAUCAAAGGCUUUAAGGUGAAGUGUACAAAUAAACCAGAGCUCUGUUAUGAAGGGAUUUAUACACAAAGAGGAGAAUUUUUAAAUCUAUUCUCUGACAAAUUGUCUAGCAGUGUAGGAAUCUGAGAAUUGGAGUGAUGUUCAUAUUUGUGACACUUUAAAAGACGUCUGGUUGCUGCGUUCUUUGGUUUCUUUGCAAAAUAAUGUUUAGUUAAAAGUCUGCCGUAAAGAAAAUGUAAUAGCAAAGAACUUCUCAGGUUUGCAAAUUGACCAAUUUGUGGUUUCAGUGUAUUAGCAUGCAUGUUAAUCAAUU